AGCCUGCUCGGUGUGAUGCCCUGCGGCGGGAGGGAAGGAGCGGGCAGCGGGAGCCGCUGGAGCGCGGCGGCGGCUGAGGAAGGACAGCGCUGUCAAAUCUCCCAUCUCCCAUCCCUGCCUGCCCGGAAAACACGAUGGGCACAUGGAUCUGAGGGUGGCGGGAGCGGUGCCGGCUCUGGAGCGGGGAAUAGCGUUCGGAGCAGCGGCUGGUCCCUCCCCACCCCCCAAAGGAGAUCUCCAGUCACGAGUCAGCCACCUGUUUCCAGAGUGAACCUGCAAGAGGAACCCUACCAGAAGCUGGCCAUGGAGACGCUGGAGGAGCUCGACUGGUGCCUGGAUCAGCUAGAGACCAUCCAAACCUACCGCUCCGUCAGCGAGAUGGCAUCCAACAAGUUCAAGAGGAUGCUGAACCGGGAGCUCACCCACCUGUCCGAGAUGAGCCGCUCCGGCAACCAAGUGUCCGAGUACAUUUCCAACACCUUCCUGGACAAGCAGAACGAUGUGGAGAUUCCUUCUCCCACCCAGAAGGACAGGGAGAAGAAGAAAAAACAGCAGCUCAUGACACAGAUCAGUGGGGUGAAGAAACUAAUGCACAGCUCCAGCUUGAACAACACCAGCAUCUCACGGUUUGGGGUGAAGACAGAGAAGGAAGAUCACCUGGCCAAGGAACUGGAAGACCUGAAUAAGUGGGGCCUCAACAUCUUCAACGUGGCCAGGUAUUCCCACAACCGGCCGCUCACCUGCAUCAUGUACGCCAUAUUCCAGGAGCGGGACCUGCUGAAAACCUUCAAGAUCUCGUCGGACACGUUCGUGACGUACAUGAUGACCCUGGAGGACCACUACCACUCAGAUGUGGCCUACCACAACAGCCUGCACGCUGCUGACGUGGCCCAGUCCACCCAUGUGCUGCUCUCCACCCCUGCCCUGGAUGCUGUCUUCACGGACCUGGAGAUCCUCGCUGCCAUUUUUGCAGCUGCAAUCCAUGAUGUGGAUCACCCCGGGGUCUCCAAUCAAUUCCUGAUUAACACAAAUUCCGAGCUGGCCCUGAUGUACAACGACGAAUCCGUGCUGGAGAACCACCACCUGGCCGUGGGCUUCAAACUGCUCCAGGAGGAGCACUGUGACAUCUUCCAGAACCUGACCAAGAAGCAGCGCCAGACCCUCAGGAAGAUGGUGAUUGACAUGGUGUUGGCCACUGAUAUGUCCAAGCACAUGAGUCUGUUGGCUGAUCUGAAGACUAUGGUGGAAACGAAGAAGGUGACCAGUUCAGGAGUUCUCCUUCUGGACAACUACACGGACAGAAUACAGGUUCUGCGGAACAUGGUGCAUUGUGCAGACCUGAGUAAUCCCACCAAGUCUCUGGAGCUCUACCGGCAGUGGACGGACAGGAUCAUGGAGGAGUUCUUCCAGCAGGGAGACAAGGAGAGGGAGAGAGGCAUGGAAAUCAGCCCCAUGUGUGACAAGCACACGGCCUCCGUGGAAAAAUCCCAGGUGGGAUUCAUCGACUACAUCGUCCAUCCUCUCUGGGAGACGUGGGCUGACCUGGUGCAGCCCGAUGCCCAGGACAUCCUGGACACCCUGGAGGACAACAGGAACUGGUACCAGAGCAUGAUACCUCAGAGCCCAUCCCCUCCCCUGGAGGAGCGGGGCCAGGACUGCCAGGGCCUGAUGGAGAAGUUCCAGUUUGAACUGACGCUGGAGGAGGAGGAUUCGGACGGGCCCGAGAAGGACGGCGAGAGCCUCGGCUACUUCAGCAAUACAGAGACGCUCUGCGUGGCCCAGCCCGGGGAGGAGGAGCCCCAGAGGGAGGCCACCAUCGAGAUUGUGACAGAAGACACAUCUCCUGUGGACACAUAAUGGCCUGGCCCCGCGGGAGUGGCUUUUAAACACUUGCGGAGCUUGCGAGCGGUCUCCGACAGCCUCUGCAGCCGGGGCUGAGCCUCUGCCACGGGGCUGGCAGAUCCUCCAGCUACUUGAGAUUGGAGUCAGGGUUACAGAUGGGGUAGGGAGUGAUUGCUCAGGAAAUGCACGGGUGAUUUGCGUUGUGGUUUGAGCCUCGUCAGCCGAGAGCACCGCGUUGUCCUGGAGCUGGCUUGGGUCGGGCCGAGGCGGCGCUGACACACAACUGAGAGAUUUUAUACUGUUAGUCUUGGAGUUUAUACCAGUUAGACUGAUAGAAACUACUGAUCAAUAACUCAUAUCCAACCUGUCCACCUGUCUGCAGACCUGUGUGCCUUCUUUGUAAACACUUUCAUGUCUUUUCAAGAGUCCCUUAAUUCAACACACGGAGCUUGGUAGUUCAAAAGCGACACAAGGUGUUUCGGAAUUGACGGCUACUUUUUGGAUUCUUCCUGUUACCAGAAGCAGUCUUCCUUUUUUUUCGUGGGCAAUACCUGUCACUUUAUUGCAGUUAAUCACUUUGACAGACUAAACAGAAGGGGAAACCCUCUGCUUUGCAUUACUGCACCUUCAGUGUGUUCUUAAUCCCCUCCCGGUGACCCGUCGGGAGUCACUCGGUGCCGCCGCGCACCGUUCCCUCGCUGGCAACAGCGGGAUUUUUUUUCCUCCCCGGGUUUGGGUUUGUGGUGAGCAGGACAGAGGGCAGUUUUUUUUCCCCUGGCACAGCUCAGUCCAUCCCUGAGUAAGCGUGGGAAGGCAGUGUGUGACACACCUUUCCCCUCGGCAGCUCCCUGGAAUUUGCACGCUCAGAUAUUUGUGUUUCUCUGGCCUCUCAUCCACGUUCCCUAGGUUUAGGUCCACCAUCCUCCUCCUCCUGCACUGCCUCGAGCUCUACCACCUCCAUUACUGUUUAUAACAGUGUAUUUAUUACCUACUGUACAUACUGUAAUGUUUUGUAAGUUAUUAAUUUAUAUGAAUUAGCAUCGCCUGUCGGCGGCGAUGUUAAUGGGGUAGAAAACUCGGAAUAAGAGUUGCCUUUUUUUCUUGUAACCUUUUGUAUUGCAUAAAGUCCAAGAACCUGAACAUAGCUGAAGAGACAGACACAACCCAGGAAGGGCAUUCGGGUGGCAGCCGCCCGUGGGGAGGGGACACCGCAUCCCAGGGCAGCGAAUUUGGGAAUUUGCCAGGAACGCAGAGAGGGGGAACCGAACGAAGAACUCCCCGCGCCCGGGCCGGCUUUUCAAUGUCACAGUGUUCCAAUUUCUGAACAACCCAAUGUGAAUCUCUAUGACAAAACAAAAAUGUGAACUGAUGUAAUAAUUGUGCUGUGAAACUUCCUCUGACAAAGCUUGUCCGGCAUCGUGAGCGGUGUCAAUCUCAGUUUGUAAAAUAUGUUUCAAGCUUUUUGGUCCAACUCGUGACUAAUUAGUUCAUGACAAUAGCACAGUUGUGCAUGAUCAAUGGGUUUGUUUGUCUGUUGAACACUGCAUUGUUCCAGGUGGUUAUUUUAUUGUUCCCCAAAGUUUCACACUAUGUAUGUUAUAGUAUUCUAUAUUGUGUUCAGACGCAUUCUUAAGAGAUUUUUAUAUGAAGUGAAUAAAUGAAAGCAUGACCCAG